CCUUUUGCUUCCUCACCGAUCCCAGUCACUCUUUUACCACUAUCCGGAUCCGAAAAAAACUCCACCAAAAUGCGUUUCUUCUCCGUUGCCCUCGCCAUUGCGGCCCCUCUGGUUUCCGCCAUUGAGUUCACCAGCCCCUCGGCCAACUCCACCGUUGCCAAGGGCAAGAGCUACGAGCUGUCGUGGAACACGGUCGACACUGACCCUUCGACCUUCAGCGUCUUCCUCGUCAACUUUGUCAACUGGCCUCCUUCCUAUGUCCUCUUGGCUCAGGACCUCGAGACCGCCGCCGGCUCUGCCUCCAUCGACGUUCCCUGCUCCACCCUCAACACUGACGGUUACCAAUUCAACGCCAUCAACGGCACCAACGUCUACGUGAUCUACGCGCAGACUCCCAAGUUCUCCGUCACCGGAUCCGACUGCACCGAUCCCACCACGCUGCCCCCGGCUUCGCCCUCCACCUGCGCGCCGCCGAGCACCGUCACUGUCACGGUGAGCAAGACCCUUUCCAAGAACUCCACCGCGACGGCGACGGGCGGUUUCUCGGCGGCCCAGAGCAGCUUCAUCACGACCACCGCCGCCGUCCCGGCCACCACUCCCGAUGCCCCCGUCUUCCAUGGUACUUGUCCUGACACCAUUGGCUGGGCCUCAGACUACCAUCACCCCGUAACUCUCACCAAGCCCCCUAAGGCCCCCGAGGUCACCGGCGCUCCCUACCCGACCGGCUCCUUCAGCGCCAAGCACGACGAGGAGGUGACUACCAUCUACCGUACCACCUACCUGCCUUUGGAGUUGGCCCCGACUGGUGCUUGCAAGUGUUAGAGUACCUGACACGACAAACAUCACUGACAAGAACUCUCCACGACUGACACUAACAAACGGCCCUGAUGUGAAUUUGUGGUCGAAACCGGGAAACGGAAAAACCGGGAGGAAAACCGGGGAGUAAGAGGCUGCAGCUUACGUCGUCUCCUUUGAGGCAAAAACUUUCUUGGACGUUGGUGGUUUGGUGUAAUACUUUUUGGGCAGCAGAGAAAGAAAUCGAAAUGGGGUUGCGAAGUGAAGGCCGAUCCUCGAUAUCACUUCCAACGCCCUCACCUUGAGCCCUCAACUCCGUCGCAUCACCCCUACCACGUCUCCUUUUCUUGUUGUGUGUGCGCUUUCACCUCUUAAUGUCUAAAUGUCUCAUGACACCACAAAAAAAGAUACCAUCAAAUCAACUUACAUGGCACCACA